GUGGAAACCCGCGUCACUCUGACAGAAUGAGUUUCACCUCCCAGUGUUGUUGACAGAGGAGGGUCGAUGCACAUGGGUCAGGGUUGACUGACAGACUGGAUUUUAGCUUCACGAGUGUCAUUUCUCGCUUGGGACUGAGGGCGAUCGAGCGAAACCAGCUGUACGUGACGGAUAAGCAGCAUUUUCAUGGUGCAAACUUCACGCCACCAGGAUAAUCGACUCGUGUGUAAAGAAGGCCCGGUCACUGAAUGGUCUAUUGCCUGAAAAAAAAGUUGAGCUUACCACUGGCUACAAUGAGGCUGUGAUGGGUUUGACGGAGCUGACUUGUGUUGGAGCUUCAGAUCGAUAUCAAACAGAGCUUCUUAUAAGAACACGAUCUCUUCCACAACAUGGCCAGGAGUCAGAAUAAUUUGUGGAGACAGCAUGACCUGAACAGAGUGGGCUUUGGCCUGAGUGCUGACACAGAGCAAACCCUGAAGGAGCUUCAGCAGCAACAGCAAAUGGCCAACGAGUUUAAUUCUAACCCUUCUCUCUCCCAGCCUCCAUUUUUCUCUGAUUCCUACCGCCUAGCAUCAGACAACAUGCUGCUGCCCAUUGAGGGAGACCAGGUGGUCCCUUCUUCCCAGAGACAGGCAGUGUUCGGGGUUGAUCAGAGGGAGGCCAAACCCUUGCCACCUCUGCCAGACCCCGAGGAGCUUAUGUCAGAUGAAGCAGCUGAUAGUGAGGUUGAGUUCUUUACCAGUGACAGACGGCCCCUUUUGCCCAAAAGCUGCCCUAAGCCCAUCUGCAGGAACAGCAGCAAAGACUUUGGCCAAGUAAAUUAUGCCUACCAAGAGAGUUCAUUGAGGGCUGGAGAUGCUGGCAUUGGAUCCAUGGCUUUCUCUUGGCCAAGCAGAGAGGACCGGCCAACAUUUGGAGGGGGCAGGUUUGCAGCCAACAUUUGGUGCCUUGGUCACCAGAGAGAUGAAAACCAGCCUGUGGUGUCAGAAGCUGAGGAUACCUUUGGAGCCAAACGGCCAGACCAGCACCUCUUACCUAGAAUCCAGUUUUCUGGUUCGGGUCCUUCCACCCAACCACAAGGCAGCACCUCAUCAUGGUCCACCGACAGGCCACAAAUCCCUCCUCGUAUUCCCAUCCCACCAAAAUCAAAGACUGGGACCGAUGAAGACAAACCUCCCAAAAUCCCUCCUAGGAUGCCUUUAGUCCCACCCUGUCCACCACGCACCCCAAGCCCUAAAAGUCUUCCAAUUUAUAUCAAUGGAGUGAUGCCUGCCACUCAGAGUUUUGCUGCUAACCCCAAAUAUGUUAGUAAGGCGUUACUGAGACAGAUGACAGGUGAGCCACCUGCAACCCAGUUUUCUCCCUGCAUUGUUCCGAUUUUGAAGGAUGGCAGAAAGGCCAGCGGGACGCACUACAUCCUGCUGCCGCCGGGUCGGCCGCCAAACACAGAGAGAAGAGAGAGACUCCUGAGUGAACCUGCUAAGACAGGGAACAGCAGCUUCUGGCAGAAAAGGUAGAAAUCACCACUCUGUGAUACGCGACUGUACAAUGUGCGAUAAUAUCUGCUCACAUGUGUAACAUAUUGGUAUUUUCAUUGACUGACAUGUGUUUGGUGUAAUAUCCGAGGUUUUUUGACUGAACAUUUUACCAAUCAGUAUUUUAGAGACGUCUCUUCUACUUCGACCACAACGACAAUACACAAUAAUAUAGUAUUUUCACAAAUAGAGAACAGAUAUUUAUAUUCUAUCACCAUUUGUCAGUUUUUGAUAACUAAGAUACUGCAGUUUUCUUACUAAAAAAAAGUAUGAUCACUUAUAAAUUUUUAAAGUCUGACAGUCGUAUGCUCGUACCACUAAAAACUGCCUUAGCUAUGCAACAUAUACCUUACAAGAGAGCGCGUCUUUAUAAAUGUACAAGCUGGGCUUGUGCCAAACUGUUCCAUGUCUGUUAUUUUUUAUCACAAUGCUGCUUGAAAAGUAUAAUGUAUUGAUAGAUCUGAUAUUUUUCCAAAUAAUUAAAGUACUAUUUGAAUAUUUUAGCAUCUUUUAAGAUAAACUUAAUAAAGUGCUUCAUUAAAAAAUACCAGAUUAUAAAAAAGAGUUAGCCAAGUGCAAGUCUAAAAAUUCUUGACAAAUUUUAUAGUAAAUUUGCAAAUGAACAUGUUAGAUCACGCCACACUUUGAACAAGAGUGAUGUCAAACACUCGAUGCAGCUAAUAUUGAGUGUUUGUGCUUUUGAAUUAGCUUAUGAUUUCAGUAUCACAAAGCUGAUUGAAAUAAGAUAGCCUUAUUACUCCCAGAGUUUAGAAAUUUACAUCAAACUACAUUCUGACUACAGAAAAUCCAGCAUCUGCAUUUAAAGUGUUGAUUUGUUCAUUUUACUCAGUGUUUAUUAAAAGCUAGAUUCUAAUUCAUUUUCAUUAGAAACUUUGUUGAAAACCUGCAGUCACACUUAUGUUCACAGGUCUUUAAAUAUAUGAAGAACAAGCCAGAAGUUUUUACUUGUUGCAUUUGUAAAUAGAGCAGAAAAAUUGUCUUAGCUGAUCCUCAUGAAAAUUUUUAAUGAUGUAAAUCUGAUGUUGUGUAUACUUUUUUUUUUUACUGUGUGGGCAUGGAAGUCAUGUUACGUUUACACUGCUGAGGUGCAGGCCCACAUUUACCUUUGUUACACCAACCUCUAUGAAGUUCUCAUGAAGGUUCUGUAUCAGAUUUGGCCCAAGCAAAGGCUGUUUGUAAGUUCAUAAUUUUGUGUCAAUUGUAAAAAUGGUCUUUAAUCUAUUUAUAGAAAUAAAUAACUUAUUCAUUCUA